AUGGCCCGGGAGAGUCUCCUCUUUGCCAGCCCCCAGGUGACCUGGGUCACCGGGGCCUCGCGGGUUGUAACCCCUUGUGGGGGAGUGAACCGAAUUCUGGGAAGCCCGGAUCCCAGGGUCCGGGCGGGAGCUUGCUGCUCCUGGGAACCCGGCAGUAGCCGCAUCUAUUCCUUUGUAACUUGCACGGGCCUCGGGAGUCGGGUGGGCGCCUCUGGGCUGGUUGCUAGUGGACCCGGGGGACCCGGGAAUCAGGCGACAGCUGCAGGAAUGUGGAGCUCCUGGGUGCUUCGGCUUCCAGAGCACCGGGGGGCGAGGACCAUGGUUUACGCGGAGCCAUUCCCCGCCCCCUGGACCAGUUUCUGA